AUGCCAUCCCGAUCCCUCAUGGUGACUAGCCAUGAUAUUCAAGAAGAACGUCAAGUUAUUCUCAAUGUUAUUGAUCGACUGAUACUUCACGGUUCCGCACUUUUUGAAAGACAUAUCAUUCCUUUGGAAAAUAACUCAAACGCCAUUUAUGAGGAUGAAGAUAAUUUAUUAGCAUUUGAAAAUGCAACACCAAAAAACGAGAAAAAAGAAGUCAAUUCUGUUAAGAGGAAAAUUCAAAAUCAUGCUCGAACGCUGUACGGAAAUUUAAAGCAGUCACUUCAUCAGCGGAAUAUUGUGGCAUGCUGUAUUGAUACAAUUAUGAAAGUGAAUACACUUAUUGAUGCAAAUCAGCUAAAUGUUGAAGAAUUGAAAAAGGAUUUACUUCAACAAGCUAAAGAACAAGAUUUUCUAGAAUCAUCAUCAUCCGAAGAGGUAAAUUUGGAGUUUGUAGAGCCCUAUGAUGUACGACUUUCGAUCGAUGAUCCUGAAAAUUGGGUCUCGCGUUAUAUAUUUUAUAGAUAUGCCAAGACUUUUGACGUAGAAGAAGGAUGUUACACCAUGUCACGAUCGCAAUUUGAUAAAUUUCUGACUCAUUUACGAGAGGUUCUGGGAGAGAGAGGACUUGGUUCUGACAUUCUUGUAAUUAAGGACGUUCUGGAUGAGGAUCAAGAACAAAAUACAGAUUUAUAUGGAUUUGAAGAUAGCUCUAUUGCCACAUCGGUUUCCAAUAACAACAUUGUGUUAGAUGUCGGAUCUGUGAUGACUGAGUUAAGACAAACGAAACAAGUUACUGAGCACACGUUUUUAAAUUGGUUUCAAGGAGUAUUGGUCUUGUAUGUCAUGUUUAAGUAUGAUCAAUAA